GAGAGAGAGGGGGAAAGAGGGAGAGAGAGAAGACUCAGAUAGAGAUAACACCUGAGCAUUAGGUGAGCUCCUCCUUCGGACUGGGAGUAGAGACAGGAGGAGGACAUGGCUGGGUACAAGCCCAGGGUGAUAGUUCUGAGUAAGAAGCCAGGUCAUAGCUUUGGCUUCUUCCUGAGGGUGGAGAAAGGCGAGGAUGGUCACCUGAUCAGGAACCUUGAGAUGGGCGGGCCGUCCGAGCUGGCGGGUUUGAAGGAUGGAGACCGCAUUCUCCGGGUCAACGGAACCUAUGUGGAUGAAAUGGACCACUCACGGGUGGUGGACCUGGUGAAGGAGAGUGGUGCAUCCGUCACCUUCCAUGUUCUGGAUGUGGCAUCCUACAAGCAGGCCAAGACUGAGGGGGUGGAUCUUUCUGACCCUCACCCCAAACCCACCCAGCCCACCAUGAACGGAGUGGCAGGAGAGGCACCCAAACCUAAACUCUGCUACCUGGCCAAGUCCAGCGGGGGUUACGGCUUCUCUUUGCGCUCUGUCAAAGGUGAGGUGGGCAUGUUCAUGGCAGAGGUGAACCCAGGGGGUGUGGCCGAGAGGGCAGGGGUCAAGGCCAACGAUCGUCUGAUAGAGGUCAACGGGGAGAAUAUGGAGAACGCCACUCAUGACCAGAUAGUAGAGAAGGUCAAGGCAUCAGGCAGCAGAAUCAUGUUUCUAUUGGUGGACGAGGACACAGACAAGUUCUACAAGAACAAACGCAUCAAGCUUGGUGCGGGGCUAGCCACAGUGAAGUUCCUCCCACUGAAGCCACGCAUUGUAGACUUGUUCAAAGGAUCAGACGGCUAUGGAUACUUCCUAAAGGCUGAGCCUAACAAGACAGGCCAUUUCAUCAAGGACAUUGACAGGGGCAGCCCAGCUGAUAGGGCGGGACUAAAGGAGAUGGACAGGCUGGUUGCCGUGGAGGGAGAGGAAGUGGACAGCUGCAGCCAUGAGCAGGUGGUGGACAGGAUCAGGCAAUGUGGCAACAAGUGCUGCCUCCUGGUGGUCGAUGAAGACACGGACACGCUCUACAAGAUGGGAGGCGUGUCUCCUCUUUUCUACUUGGAAGAGAUGGGAUUCCUCCUUCCAGCGAGCCCUCCGCCCAGCUACCCAGAGUGCAUCCCGGCCCUUGUCCCAGCCACCACAGCGCUCCCCAAGCUGUGUAAGAUGGAGAAGACCUCCGCUGGGUACGGCUUCCACCUCAACAGUAUCCAGGGGGUCUGUGGCCUGUACAUCAAUGAGGUGGUGAAGGGCGGAGCUGCAGACAGGGUGGGUAUGGAGGACGAUGACAUUGUGGUGGAGGUGGACGGUGUAAACGUGGAGCAGAGCAGUCACCAGCAAGUGGUGGAGUUGAUCAGUAACAGCGGCAGCUCACUGGUGCUCCUAGUGGCUGGGAAGCAGGCCUACGACCACUUCAAAGCCAAAGGGGUGGCCAUCACACCCCAGCUCCUCACCCCCGCACCCACAGCCAGGUCCCCAUCCCCACCCCCUCCCCCACAGCCAGCCCAAAGACACACACCAGCCCAGAUAGACACGCCAGCCACUCUGGAGGAAGUCCGAGAGGAGGUGGAGGAGGAGGAGGAGGAGGAGGAGGAGGAAGCUAAGCCAUACAUCCCACUGCCCCAGACACGAGAGAGAACUCCAUCUGUGUCUUCAGCAGCAUCAUCUUGCUCGAGUGUUGAUGAGAGACUCUGAGAAGUCACCAAUUAGAAACAACUUCCUGACUUUUUCUGUCUCCCGUCAACCUUUGUACCAUGCAGGAUCAUGUGGAUAUCUUGGCAUAAAAACUCUGAUCAAACUAAAUACAUUCCAAUGACAGUCUGUUUAAAGGUAUGAAUACAAUUGGUUUAAAAUAGUAAAAAAUUGUUAUGUAUUUAUUGAUGUAUAAUUGCAUUGAUCAGUUAGAUGCCAUUGUUACCCAACAAACAUAUGGAUUCAUAUGAUCUUAUUACAAACACCUGCAAUGUAGAAAAAUAACACUAGUAAUACCAGUUCAAUGUGUUAUAUUAUAACAAAAACCAUAUAGAGACAUCGGCCUGCACCUUAAUCAUAAAGCUGUCUUUUACAUUUAAAUGGUCAUUUAUUUUAGCAGAUGCCAAAUACCGCUCUCACAGAGACAAAGUAUCCAGUCCCAGAUCUUUCUAUAAGUCACUAUUCACUUAUUCUCUGUUUAACUGGUAAAUUUAUAGUGGCAUUGCAGUACUUAAAAGAAAGGGAACGGAGUAACUAAUAACCACAUAAAUUGGUUUAUUCUGUAGCUUUCCCACCUGUGUGAAAGCACAGUAGAGUACAGUAGAUAUUCGCACACAUACACCAACAAACAACCCUAGGUACAUGUACAGACUGGACACCAUGAAUGAUGCUAGCAAAUAGCAUCAUGGACAUUGGGGAUAUAUUUCAUCUUUAAUUUUGAGUAUUCUGUUUAUCAAAAAUAGAGUGUAAACUUCAGGUAGUGAUGGUCUUUACAAUCCAUUCAUACAACAAAGCUAGUGUUUGCAGUGAAGCUGGUCUGUGCUGUAUACUAUGCAGUUCUCCUGUGGUCAGAUUAAUGUAAGGUUAGACAGAACCUGUGUCCAACGGCUCAACAGCACGAUGACACAUCCACAUUGUUUUAGUCAUUCCACCCCUCCACGUUCACCCCAACAUUAGUCCAGCGUUCCAUGGCACCAAUUUCCCUCCAUUGAAUCCCCCCGACACCAAUGGUCCACAUGGCCAAGCUUCGGCCCUUCCUGAUUCAGGAAACACAGGCAAAACGUCUUCUUCUCGCCACCACACAGACGGACCAGAGAUUUAAAAAAGAGAAAAUCUAAAUCCCACAGACUCAAAGUUCAGUUCUGUUAUGCCAGCUGAGCUUCCAGGUAAAGGGUCAAGUUCAAAGUGGGGUCAGGGGGUCAUGUGCUUCUCGGGAGCCUGUUUGUGGGCGAGGUAGAGGAAAAGGAUGCUGGAGAGGGCACUGACGAGGAAGAUGACGUCGAACCAUCGGUGAUAGAAGUUAAACUGCAACUCGCCCAGCACCUUGGUCACGAUAGAGCGAUACUCUAGAGGCAUGCUCAUCCUCAUGAGGAGAACGGACGAGACAAAGUACAUCCCCUGAGAGAAACAAGAGAGAGACACGCAGGAUGUCAGUUGUCUUUUGCACUAACUUAUCUAAAGAUUGAAUAGACAACUGAUCACAAAAAAAAAAAAACAUUUUAACUGAAACAUAUAA